AUGACUGCCAAAUUCGCCGACUCCCCGGGAAACAUCUACUAUCCAAAGAGCCCCUCGAUGCGUCGCCCAGGUCUAACAUUCCUUUAUCGACUUGAAUGCACCAUCGCCGCAGAAGAAAUCAACGUUGGGGCACCCCACGGCGCAGGCAUCAUUCGCAGCAUCGCAAACAUUACUGGAGGUACCUUCAAAGGGCCAGAAUUUGAAGGGACAAUCCUCCCAUUGGGAGGCGCAGACUGGGCAACAGUCAUUGAGGGAACACACUCCAUGACCCUCGACGCCAGAUACACUAUCAAAACGACAGAUGGUCACCACCUCUUUGUUCAGGCGCAUGGGCUCUACCGUCCUGGACCGGGAACAGAAUACGCGAAGCAGGUCGCGGAUGAUCCGGCGAUGAGGCCUCCGCCCACCGUUACUCAGGAUGAUGUUGAAUUUUUCUCCCAUCUGCGAAUCGAAGCGGGUGCAGGCAAAUACAACUGGUUGAAUGGGUUGGUUUGCGUUGGAGUGAUGAGUUGCGAGAACGAUAGGAUUAUUAUUGAUGCGUAUUAUUUGACGAACUUUGGGGGUGUGAGGCCGGAUGAUGUUGUUGUUAAGUAG